AGCGCUAUUUUUUUUUAAGUUUUGAAUGUCUAAAAGUCAGAAAACGUUUUGAUCGCUAUUGACAAUUAGGACUGUAGUAAUAUUGUGCGCGCGAGAGGAUUAUAUCUAUAUCUAUAUACCCAUGUACAUAUAUUUCUCAUCAAGAAAUGCAGCAUGGAUGUUGCGAGUUCUAUUCAUGAAGAGGACAGCCUGAAAGAUUCGUCAGUAGAGCUGACUGUUCACACAGAAUGGAUGAACCGCAUACACAGUCAGGGCAAUCGUCCUGAAGAUUGGGUGGAGUUUAUCCACUACCUGAAGGAACAAUCUCCUGUACCUGUUACAAAUUCGUGGACUGCAUACAUAUGUGAUCAGUAUGUUCAUGCACUGAAGACUAUUCCAAGUAACCAGAACAAAAAUAAUAUCAUGUUUGUGAAAUUAUUGGUUGAUUAUGCUACAUUAAAAAGUGAAGAAAAUGUUGAUAAUGGUAAAUCAUUGUUUUGCCAGGCUCGGUCAGUUGCUCGCAAAUUUGCUAUUGCCCACAUAUAUGCUGCUGAAUUUGAACUUAAGUACGGUAACCCAUCCAAGUGUCAUGGAAUUUUAAAGAAAGCUCAGACUUUUCGUUCUGAGCCACAAUAUUUAUUACAGAAGGCUCUAGAUAACUUAGAUUCUGGUAAAAGCUAUCUUCUCACAGCUGAAGAGAAAGCUGCUUGUUUUGAUGUUUGUAAUCGAAACCUUAAGCCUGAAGAGAAACCAACUAUACCAGAUUCAUAUUUACCUGUUGGUACUGUGAAAAAUAAAUUCCUGGCAAGUUUGGCUACUUCAAAUGGGACUGUCUUAAGUGAAUCUAAACCAAGACAGCUAGCAAAACCUGAAAUACCUGUGAAGAAAGACUCGGAUACUUCACCUGAAGAAUUUAUUUGUGGUAGCAUUUUGGCACUUUCAGAAAAGUGGGGCUGCCUGAAUCAGCAGGGCCCAUUUGCAAGGCGCUUCUCACACAUCUCUGAUAGACGUGUGUCUAAUGUACAUACUCCUUUAGAUAAAUGUUUAUCUAGUACUCAGGGUUCCACAGAUCCAGUUUUCAUUCUGUAAAUGAUCGUCGUUUCUCUACUCAGUUUACUACUCUUGGUUCCUCCCAUCUGGGUUCUUAUAACACACCAGUCUGCCAUAAGUCAUCAUUGUCUGCAGGAAGCUAUGAAAAUGGCUCUUCUUCAAAGUUCCUCAGGUUU